AGAUGGCGGACGACCUGGAGCAGUUACUGGAUGAAGUGGAGAGGCGGCUAUGCCGCUUGCCGGGGCGAGAGGCGGCGGGCGGCCACCGGCACGGCGGCGGCCCGGAGGAGAAGGAGGAGGCGGCGGCAGCGGCGAAGGAGAGCAGAUCAGCCAAACUGUUAAUGAGUGCUGGCAGCAGUGAAGAAGAUAUAGAUGACAUUAUUGAUGAAAUCUGUAAUGACAGCAGCUUUGCCAAAACACCUCUGAAAUUGAAGUCUAACUCUGCAAGUCUCACACCUGAAAGCAAUAGUGUUGUUGCACAGGCUCACAGGAAAAGAUGCUGUCCGGUGUACCUGGGUGGAAGCUCUUCACCGUGUGGCAUAGGAACAAAUAUUUCAAAAAGAACGUGUGAUCAGCUGCGUUGUACUGCUUGUGACUUCCGUGUGUCUCUUUUCAAUGACUAUAUCUGGGAUCAGUCCUGCGAUUAUCUUUUUUUCAGGAAUAAUAUGCCUGAGCUCAGUAAACUGAGAGCAAAGAUGAUAAAGAAGAAAGGAGCACGAGCGUAUGCUUGUCAGUGCAGCUGGAGAUCCAUCGAUGAACUAACUGACCUCCAAACAGAGCAGCAGCUCCGGUGGGUUUGUGGUAAACAUGCAGAAUGA